GUAUUUGUUGUUAAACAUGUUUAUGUGUAUUUGGUGACUGGUAACAUUAUAAACAAAUGUGUUUAUCAAAAUAAGCAUAUUUUACUAUCAAAUUUUACAUUUCAAUUGAGUUUCCGCAGAUGCAAAUAUGGUUGCAAAUGUUUGUGGGUGAUUCAUAUGGGCAUUAUGCUGUUGCUGUCACUAUCAGUAGCAUAAGCAAUUUUCAAAAUAUCAAUAUGAAAUGUGGGAGAUCUCUAAUAUCAAUAUUUGGAAUGCAGUAAAAAUAGUAAAUAUUAGUUUUAUGAGUCCUAAAUGGAUUGGAGUACAUAAAUAUAUCCUGGAAGAACGAUCAAAAACAUUUUUGUUAUCUUGGCUUUAAUUUUUAAUAACAUUUACUUGUAAUGGUAUGAAUCACAUCGUCGCCAUGUUCAAACUGAACAAAAUUCAACAUAUUAAAAAAAAUAUUGGUAUUGAAAUUUUACUGAUAUCAUCUUUUUGUAAGAAAAAUCAGCAUUAUGUAAUUAUGAGUUAAGAACUUAUUAGGAAACAUCUAAGCCAACACUAUGUUUUUUAGUAAGCUUUAAACAGUGGUUCUCAAACUUUUUAAGCCGCGCCCCUUUUUUAGAAUUUGCCAAGUCUCGCGCCCCACCUUUAAAAUAAAUAGCUAGCAAGCUCAAAAUAACAGAUAAUACGGCGCAAGUAUUUAUUUAUUCAAAAAACACGUUGAAAUAAUGUGGAUGAAACAUAAAUAUUGCAAAGUUUUGAAUUGGAAAUAUCCAAAAUAAGGCGUGCAAGAUCAAAUCUACAACUAAUAUUUUAAUUAGCUUCACGCCCCUCAAAAAUUGUCUACGCCCCCCACUGAUUGAGAACCACUGCUUUAUAAAAAUACAUUCUUGCCGAAACUGAUGGUUUGAGCAAAACUAUCUUGUGAAAGACACCCAUCCAACUUUUGUAAAUGGUUAUCUAGCUCAGUGGUUCUCAACCUCUUUUUUAAGCACCCAAAUUAAAAAUAAAAUUGAUUUUGUAAAAUAUUGCGAGUUCCUGACCCAAGGAUAUGUCCAAAUACUAAUUGUGUAGUACUUUCAUUAUGACCAAAAGUUAAUGAAUAAUAUAAAGCAAUCCAUUUUAUAUAACAUUUAUUUCCCUUUUCCCCAGAAAUUACUUAAAAGGAGAAAACUGCACGUGUUUGCCCUCAUCGAGUUUUUUAAAACGACUUGUGGCUUCACCUAAGCAAAAUAAUUGCUGCCUAGUUUUUAUGCAGUGAUAUUCCAAACACAUGCAGUGACUGUUGAGCAACAUCAAUACUAAAUAUAAAGUAAACAAUAAAAUUUAUUAUAAAAUAGAAAUAGUAACAUUUAGGUUUUUUUUGAAAAAAGCAAGUGACCCAAAAAAGUAUUCAGGCGACCCAGUUUUGGGUCCCGACCCAUAAGUUGAGAAACACUGAUCUAGCUAAUUCAAGGAUUGUAAUGAAGCUAUGAUUUGCUUAUACAUUUUCAACAGUUAUAAAAGAAACCGUUUACCACAUUUAUAUAGUCUAUGAUGCACUAGUAUAAUAAUAAUUGUAUAUAAUAGUGAGAGGGAGACAAUUGAUUUUAUUGCUUUAGACAAUAUCUCUUUUACAUAACCAAGAAGAUCUCUGUAGAGGUCAAAGUUAUGGUGCAGUAAAGAAAAGUAGGGAAGUUAGUGGUGGAAGUAAUAAAGAAAUGAAGGUUAUAUUACCCAAUGAGCGUAGUUCAUUUCUGAAGGCAGAGGAAAGACCAUCUGAUUUAGCAGGGAAUAAGAAGCUGCAUAGCAGUGAGCAGAAAGAUAAUCUUCCUGUUGAGAAAGUCACAACUAAAUUUUAUUACAGACCAAGAAAUUAUCAUGGAAGAUGCUUCACACCAUGUGUGCCAAUAAAUAAUGUUGAAAGGAGAGUAAACAAGGCUUUAUCACGUUUAGUUAGAGAUUGUAAUAGAAAGGAAUUGAAUGAUGAUGAUAGAUUAGAGAAACUUGCUGAUACAAUUGAAUCACCCAUGUUUAAUUAUGACCUUAUUGAGACAAAGUCUUCUCUGGAGAAUGUUUUAUAUUUUGAUAAUUCAUACAGGAGACAGUUUGAUAAAGAAGAGGAGAUAUUAGCAUUAGAUUCAGACAUGAACUCAAAUUCUUUAAAAAAGGUGAGAUUUAAUAAAGAACUGUCAGAAAGUACACCAGGGAUUACAAGUACUACUAAAAAGGCUGGAAAUAAUAUAAAGCAAACGCAGCUACAAAGUACACAGGUUCCAGUCAUACGAGUUGCUAUAAGACCAGCGAAAGUAUUCAGUGAUAGUUUGAUAUAAAAUAGUGAUAGUAAAACAAAAAAAACUCAGAUGAACAAAAUCAACUUCUGUAUGUUUCUGCAAACCCUCUUUUAUCAGACGUUAUAUAAACCUAUAUAAAAUUGUGUUUACCUGCAGUAUUACAUUUUUUUAGAUGCUAGCCAAAAUGCUAAAAAUUUAACUAAUUUACAUUUAAAAAAAAUAUUAGGUUUUAUAUUGUUUGUAUAGGUUUUUAGGUUUGGUUUAUUUUUAUAUGUUUCUUAUUUGUUAGAGACUAGAGUGCUGCUUUAUUUUGUCUCUCAGAAUUAGACAGGAAUUUUAUUACCUGGAUGAUCUGAAAUAGAAGCUCAUAUAUUGUGCGAAAAGUUGUAAUAUUUCUGGUUCGGCAUAUAUUGUACUUGUAUGUCAGCUUGUUUUCAAGCUUCUGGUUUGUAAUUGUUCGCCAUUCAUGAAACCAGAUUUUGUACUGGGAUAUAUUUUUUGUGUAAUAAACAUUUCAUGUUGAAUACUAUUUCUUUAUUGUAAGUUAUGUCCCUUUAGUUAUUUUGAUUAAAUAUAGACUGUAAUCAUCAGUCGUGUGAAAAAUUGUAAGAUUUGGACUCAUUUGAUCACUACAUAAUACAUUGAUAAAUC